UCAAGGAGGUGUGAUGAUCACCACCAAGGGUGUAUAGUGACCGCUGCAGCCAUGGGCGUGGAUACCGUCGCUCCUCCGCGGCUCCAGAUAGAAGCCGGAGACAGCGAAGGUCCCGGCCCUCCAGGGAACAACAACACGGAGGGCGCGCUGGUGAGCCCUCCACGUGACGACAACCACAACGCACAGCUGCCGACCGUCAGAGCCACGCCACUCACGCCUUCAGAUGCCUUAAAAUCGUUUGGCGACCGAUUAACAGAAUGGGAGCGAAACGAGAUCAGGAAAUAUCCGGAACUUUGGUUUCUGGGCCUAGAAGCCAAGAAAAUAGAGGCCAAGGCUAAUCUGCCCAACAACUGUGGCUUCGAUGAUGAAAACGGCAGUUACACUAAACAAAUGCAUGACCAUGUCGCGUACCGAUAUGAAAUCCUGGAAGUGAUCGGCAAGGGCUCUUUCGGUCAGGUCAUCCGAGCGUACGACCAUCGCUGUGGGAAGCAGGUGGCCAUCAAGAUCAUCAGGAAUAAGAAGCGGUUCCAUCACCAGGCGCUGGUGGAAGUUAGGGUGCUCGAUCAUUUGAGGCUCAAGGAUAAGGAGCAGGCCCAUAAUGUGAUACAUAUGCUGGAUUACUUCUACUUUAGGAACCAUUUGUGCAUCAGCUUUGAAUUGAUGAGUAUAAACCUGUAUGAGCUGAUAAAGAAGAACAACUACCAGGGGUUCAGUCUGAGUCUCAUCAGGAGGUUCACGAGUUCCCUGCUGAGGUGUCUGCGACUGCUGGAGUCGGAGAACAUCAUACACUGCGACUUGAAGCCAGAAAACAUCUUGCUGAAGGCGCGAGGCAGCUCCUCCAUAAAGGUGAUCGACUUCGGCAGUUCCUGCUUCACGCACUCCCGCGUGUACACGUAUAUACAGUCACGCUUCUACCGGAGCCCCGAGGUCAUCCUGGGGCUACAGUACGGCCCGCCAAUAGACAUGUGGAGCAUGGGUUGCAUUUUGGCGGAGUUACACACAGGCUAUCCCCUAUUCCCGGGUGAGAACGAGUCAGAACAAUUGGCCUGCAUAAUGGAGCUGCUGGGUCCGCCUCCGCCAGACCUGCUCAUUCACGCCACCAGAAAGAGACUGUUCUUUGACUCGAAGGGCUCGCCGAGGUCGGUGUGCAACUCCAAGGGUCGCAAGAGACGGCCGGCUUCGCGCACCCUGUCCUCUGCCGUGCGCAGCGACGACCCGCCUUUCCUGCACUUCCUGCACAGAUGUCUAGAAUGGGACCCCAAGCGAAGGAUCACGCCAACGGAAGCGUCACGCCACGAGUUUGUGACGGGUAGUCCAGCUGCUGCGUCGAGUGUGCUGGCAUUGCCGCGUCUGCCCGCCCCCGCGGUCGUCCCGCCGCGCACCGCUCGCGCCCUGCUUCACUCGCAAUCAGCCGGCGACGUGGCAGCCAUGUUGGGCCGUGCGUGACGUCACGACAAACACAGGGUCGCCUCGAGCGGCCUGCUGUAGCCACACGCAACAAACCACCGCCGCACACCUCACUGUUGAUGUACCUACGACGGUUAUAGGUAUUAAUAUAUGGAAGAAUACAUUCUGGCUGAUCGGAAAUUUGAUAACUUUUUAUCAAGGAACACAAGCAAAAUAUUUAGCUGAAAACAAAAUAUUGUUAUCCCUAGGUCGCGAUUCAUUUAUUCAGCAGAUCUCUAUCAAACGUCUGAUCACUUGUCUUACGGCCGUUUUCAAUAACGUAUCUCUAGUUACCGUUUCAUGACAAGAUCUUAUCUAUCCAUAGUAAUUUCCAAUAUAGUGAUAGUCCAAUACAUUAUGUCGAUUGGUUAUUUAAAUGUAAGUAAGCGUAAAAGGAUAGAUUUGUCUACCUCUAGUAAGUUAAACUAAGUAUAGAUAGGUAAUCGAAAACGGCCGUUAAACAGUUACGUCCGAAAGUUUACGUAGUUUAGUAUAGGUACAAUAAUUAUCCAAAUACUUAUGAAUAAUAAUAUUAUGUUUUCAGCUUUAUCCAUUGCGGCUAUCACUUGUACAAUACAAAUGAAAGUGUGUGGCGGUCUUUUACGUCAUGACCGGUAAAAUUCCUGGAACCAAUCAUACUUCUCAAUCAAUAAAUGACUCAAAAUCUUAUAAUAAAAUAGUUUAAAUAGUACUUCUCUGUAUACUUUUGUAUAAUAGGCCUAAAUCACGAAUUGAUUUAUAGAAAAGUCAUAUCUUUGCAUUGAGGUAAUAUGUACAAUAUACGAGAAGAUUUUUCACCUUGAUUGUAACAUAAGUUGUAGCCAGCUGUAGUCAACUCAUUUAGUCUAUGCUAAGCGCUUCUAACAACAGCACGUAUCUGAGUGCCGGGUUUUGUUUAACCUUUUUUACACCUUUGCGUGUAUUAUUUUUUUUAAUUUUUGUGUUUAAAUAAUUCCCAAAACACAAGUAAAAGUCAAGUGACCUUUCACAGCCAAGCUUAACGUUUUGUUUUUAAGACAGGCUUAAUUUAUAUUAUUUCGAUUUAACCAUGUCAUCACGGUGGCAACUGGCAACAUAUAUUUUGCUGCCAGCGACGUCGUCCACGUGGACACCUAAAGCAGCAUAAAUACUAUAUUAAUAAGUAAUGGUGUAAAAGAGUUAAAAUCCAACUUGUUUAAAAUAAUAUCUUAUUUGUGAAAACAGCUUUUACAUUACCGCUUUAUAAUUGCAAAUAUUUUAAAGUAUUAUAAUGGAUAUCGUAUGUUAUCCUUAAGAGAUAGACAUAUGCCAUCGCGGACUUUUCUAUAGUCUGUAAGAAGUAUAUAAGAAACACAAUUCCAUCAUACAUUAUUUUGUUAUCUCACAAAGGGUUUAGACUGCGUUUUUAUUUAAAGCUCCCAGACGACUUCCUUUUUUCCGAUACCUCCAACAAAUAUCGUUAGUGUGUACAAAAAUUUAACAAAUUAUAUACUAAAGCCUUCCUCGAGAACCACGCUAUCCAUUGGUGAGAACAGUAGGAAAAUCGGUACAGUAGUUUAUGAGUUUAUCGCGAACAGACAGACAGCGCGGCGGAGGACAUUGUUUUAUAAUAUGUAGAUGAUGAUACCUUUACAGAUAUAGAAAAAAAAAGAUAAAAGAAUGAAUAUGAAUGUAAAGUACUUGGCUCGCAUUCAUCAAGACGGGCUCUAUAAUAUAAUUUGUUGGGCUUCUCUAGUACCGAGUACGGAGUACAUAUUACCUCAAUCUAUCGUAUCUAUAGUAGUAUGUUACGUCAUAGUUAG